AUGGCGACGGCAAAUGUCUCGGUUUGUUCGCGUUCCGGAUUGAAAGCACAGGAAACGCAACUUAAAAUAGCAGUGGAAAUGGCAGAGGAACGGCGGCAGAAACAAUGUUCAGUCAGUCUUCCCACUGAGUCCAUGAAAGCCAUUGCAGAGUCUAUUGGUGUUGGGCAUCUCCAAGAGGAGAGUUGUGUCGCCCUGAGUGAAGAAGUCAGCUACAGGAUAAAGGAAAUUGCACAGGAUGCACUGAAGUUUAUGCACCAUGGAAAAAGGCGAAAACUGACCACAAGCGAUGUAGAUAAUGCCCUCAAGCUCAAGAAUGUUGAGCCUCUGUAUGGAUUUCAGUCCCAAGAGUUUAUUCCUUUCCGUUUUGCUAGUGGUGGUGGGAGGGAGCUACAUUUUUAUGAAGAAAAGGAAAUUGAUCUUAGUGAUAUAAUCAACACACCUCUUCCCAGAGUUCCACUUGAUGUCUCCCUGAAAGCUCAUUGGUUAAGCAUUGAAGGUAUGCAGCCAUCAAUUCCAGAAAAUCCACCUCCUGCAUCAAAAGAGCAACAAAAAAUCGAAUCCACAGAACCUCUCAAAGUUGUCAAGCCGGGGCAGGAAGAGGAAGGAGCUAUUCAAGGAAAGGGUCAAGGUGGAUCAACUACUGAUGGCAAAGGAAAAGAUAAAGGACUGAUCAGAUUAAAACCACGCAGCACUCACGAGCUUUCAGUUGAGCAGCAACUAUACUACAAGGAAAUUACAGAAGCAUGUGUUGGCUCCUGUGAAGCAAAGAGAGCGGAAGCAUUACAGAGUAUUGCAACUGAUCCAGGCUUGUACCAGAUGCUUCCUAGAUUUAGCACAUUUAUUUCUGAAGGGGUUCGUGUAAAUGUUGUACAAAACAACUUGGCUCUUUUAAUUUAUCUGAUGAGAAUGGUCAAAGCUCUAAUGGACAACCCUACUCUAUAUUUGGAGAAAUAUUUGCAUGAGCUCAUUCCAGCUGUUGUGACCUGCAUUGUGAGUAAGCAGCUGUGUUUGCGGCCUGAUGUUGACAACCACUGGGCGCUACGAGACUUUGCUGCUCGACUAAUGGCCCAAAGCUGCAAAACAUUCAGUACAACAACAAACAAUAUCCAGUCUCGGAUCACAAAAACAUUUACGAAGAGUUUGCUGGAUGAGAAAACUCAGUGGACAACACGAUAUGGAUGCAUUGCUGGACUUGCAGAAUUGGGUACAGAUGUGAUAAAAACACUUAUACUUCCUCGGCUUGCUGUAGAGGGUGCUCGCAUUAAAGCAGUGACGGAAGGGCCAGUGAUUUCAAAUAUUGAUAAAAUAGGAGCGGACCAUGUUCAAAGCCUCUUGUUGAAACACUGUGCCAGUGUUAUUGCGAAAAUCCGUCCUCAACCUGAUAAUGUGGAACAGUUUCGUGUGGACUAUGGUUACCUUGGAGCAAUGCUUUGCUCUCAUGUAAUGAAGGCUAGAAACCAGGCAGCUCUUCAGGCACAGCAGGUCAACAGAACCACGCUAACAAUCACGCAGCCACGGCCAACUCUCUCUGUCUCUCAAACUGGGUUAAGUGGCUCGACGGGACCUCGAACUCCCAGCAUCAUUAAGGUCCCCAGUUCCUUAACGCUAAUGUCGCCUCGUCCAGGAACCCCUUCUCAGCCUUCUCCACCUGCCACAAAGUACAUUGUGAUGGGUACUAGUGCAGGGGCUGCUUCUACCCAACAGGUGAUCACUCUCAGCUCUUCUCAAACGGCCUCUUCAGUCACCAGCACUGUCCCCAGUGCCUCAUCAGCCCUGCAGCCUUUAGUGAAACUAGAGUCAGGAAGUGGAACUGCCUUGACUGCCUCUAGGCCUAUGCAGAAAUACAUUGUUGUGUCAUUACCAACAUCUGCCUCUUCAUCACUGGAGAGUAAAAGCUCUGUGCUUCCGACCUCCAUAUCCUCAACUUUAGAUAAUGCGAUCAAUCGGUCCAACUCUCCUGGAGCACGUACACAGUCGCCACACUGA